CGAAGCUAGAGUUUGGCUAGCGCGAGCAUCUUGAGCGUCGCAGCAAUCGAAGAUGGCUAUGAUAAGCACCAAACAGCGGGGUUUGGAGAUUUGAUGCCCAAAUCCUAUUGAUAUUCCAAGGUUGUUGUGGGCCUUCACCGAAGCAAAGAUUGAACCGUCCAUUCCGAAAAGUAUCAUUGUUACCCUGAUUCCCACCUAUGAUUCUUACAUCGCCCGGAAGCAUAUUCAGACUACCGACGACCUAAUGCCACUCAAAACAUUCUUUUCCAUGCUAUGGGACAAAUCAUCCUAUCUAGUCUACACUCAUAUCGAGUCUGAAGUGAUUGAUCAAGAGGGUUUCGAUUGCGAGCAUAAAUCCACCGAGCAGUCAAGAGCCCAGACAGUCCGAACGCAUAAGAUUCUGACAUGGGCUAUGCCCAUCUUCUUUACAUCUUGUGUGGCCGCCUUGUCGGUAGCGUCUUUCUAUAUCGGACGACGCAGUGUUAUAAAUGAAGCCCAAACCUAUCGCACAAAAUCAGAUUUCGUCUUCGGAGAUGUGCCCGUCAAGAAAGUUCGAUGGAUCAAUGACCACCGAUUCAUGGAGACAGACCCAAUGGCCGGUCGUUUUUGGUCCAACAAGGAGGGUAAAUGGACUGUUUGGGAUCAGGUUCAUCGAGGAUCUUGGAUUCAAAUCGCCCCGUCCGAAAAGCAUGAAAUCUUCGGAGGUCUUCCCUUGAAUCUAUACUCAGCCAAUGGGUCCUGGCCAAAUGGCAAAGAAGGAUACGUUACAACAGUCCUUCACCAACUUCAUUGUGUGGGUAUGUUGAACCACUUCAAGCUAGAGUUACUCCAUGGCAAUAUGCUAGACGCGAAUAAGUUAGAGCACAUGGGUCAUUGUAUCGAGUAUCUUCGCCAGGUAAGCUCGCUGAUUGUCUUUUAA